AUGGACGACAACGUUGCCAGAGUCUUCUUGGUUGGAGGAGGUUCAAGGGCUGUCCGUUAUGAUGAUGAGACAACUGUAGAGAGAAUUCUUCAAGUUGUUCUUAAAGGAAUAGGAGUAUCAUCUGUAGCUGCUCCCCAUUUUUCACUUCGCUUAUAUACCACCCUCAGCUCUUCUGGAUCUGGCGAAUCAACAUGGUUGCAUCCGAAACUAUCAAUUUCAAACAUACGACAUGUUUAUGCCAGACAUCUAUACACUCGCCCUAUUUCUGAAGAACUUAAAUUCGAAUUACGACUCCGAUUUAUUCCGCAAUCAGCAUAUGAGCUCCUACUCACAGAAUCAAAGGCUUUUUUCUAUCUACAUGAUCAAGUUUUUGAUGAUUUUCUCUCCCAUGUUGCUUGGAAAAUCAAUCAGGAAACUGCCUUAGAACUUGCUGCUUUGAAGAUUUGCCGAGACUAUUCGGAGAAACAACCGAGAACCUGUGUGGAUCAUAAAAUCGAUAUCGAUGGCAUCGAUAUUGAUUAUGCAAUGCAAACAUUCAUUCCAAAAACAGUUCUCUGUAAUCCCAAUAUAAAACCAUCUGCCCUGAAAAAGCAGCUUCUAAGCUUAUUGAAGAAGUUUGCCGACCUACCAUCCACCGAUUCCCUCCUCCAAUCGCUCACAAUUUUAAUCGAUAUUGUGAAAUUUGAUGUAGAACUGUUCAAAGCCAGUCUUGGAAUUGGCUGGAGCUCACCGAUUGAUCUUCUUGUUGGACCAGAUGUUGGUGUAUCUUACAGAACCAAUGAACGAUGCGAUGUCUGUCGGUUAACUGAGUUACGCUCAGUUCUAGAGAUAACCAUCCGGAAAAUCGAAUCAAGUUCCGAGAAAACUGUUGUUCAAUUGAAACUUUCAGGAAAUGCUCAGCCAUUGUUCAUCACUGUUGCCACUCAAAACAUAGCGGAAUCAUUGGCUCACUUGAUUGAUGGAUACCAAAUGUUAUAUAACCAAGGAGAUUCUGUUUUCAAAAUGAAAGGUUUAGAACGUUGUGAAAGUGUUCAACUACGACAAAACACAUUGCCGAAUUCCCCGAUUGGAAUUGAACCUGACUUGCGAAUAAAGCGAGAAAACGUAACUCUCAAAGAGCUUUUAGGAGGAGGUCAGUUCGGUAAUGUCUAUAAAGGAAUUCUGACUGAGCCCCAUGGCAGAACUAGCACAGUAGCUAUAAAAGUUUGUAAGCUCGAAAACGAACCAGCUGACACACAAUUAGUUCUACAAGAAUCUCAUUUGAUGAAAAGCUUACGUCACGAACACAUAAUUUCAUUAGUGGGCGUCUGCAUGGAUAGUCCAAUGUGGAUUAUUAUGGAACUAGCUCCGCUGGGAGAGCUCCGACAAUAUCUCCAAAACAAUGCGAACGCCUUGGACUUAACUAUCUUGAUACAGUUUUCACAUCAAGUAUCUAACGCUCUCCAGUACUUACACGACAACUCUUUUGUUCAUCGAGAUGUUGCUGCUCGAAAUGUUUUGGUUUCAUCCGCGAAAUGUGUGAAACUAACGGAUUUUGGACUGAGUCGUUCUCUGGACUAUGACGCUGUUUACACAGCUUCUCGUGGAAAACUUCCAAUUAAAUGGUUGGCUCCCGAAUCGAUUAACUUCAGGGAGUUCAGUAUGGCUUCGGAUGUUUGGAUGUUCGGAGUUUGCUUAUGGGAAAUACUUUCUUGGGGAGUUAAGCCAUGGCAAGGAGUGCAAAACGCAGAUGUUAUAUCUAAAAUUGAAGCGGGAUUAAGACCAAAAUGCCCAACAGCUUGCCCACAAGCACUCUACAACUACUUAGAAAGUUAUAUUUGGGCCAUAGAACCAGGCAAACGACCAACAAUGGAUGAAGUAGAAAAAGUUCUGGAGUCAAUACUUCAGCAAAUCAAAUUUGGCACUUCUUUCUCUGAUAUAAAAGUCACGAGGGCGUUGAAGAAUGCUCCGAUAAUACUCACCAAAAUCGAUUCUUUACCCGCUUUAACGUUAUGGAGAACUUUAGAAGAACAGAGAAGGCAGGCUGAAGAGGAUGAGAAGUGGCUGGAAGAACAAGAAGAUUUGGCUUUGUGUUAUCCCGAAGCUUCUUGUUCGGAUAUAAGGAAUGGAAUGUCAUCUCUUAACCUACUUUCUCAUGAAGUUAAUGGAAAUUAUACCAAGAUUCCGCACGAACAAUUGUUUUCUGUGAAACGAUCGUCUUCAGCUGUCCGAACAGCAGUGGAUCACUUAAAUAAUACAUUCAACAAAGAAAUGAAACAUGACCACUUUGUUCUCUCUAUUCGAGACAUAACAUCCAAGCUCCGUGACAUGUUCGGUGAAGCAACGCAAAUCAUAGCAGCACUCCCAGAUCACAAAAAACAUGAAAUUGAAAAGACAGAAGCGCUCAUUGGAAAUGAUAUGUCGCAAAUGAGCAGCACAAUGCAGAAAUUGUUAUCAGACAUGGAUCAACCAUCUUCUAAUAUAUUAAAAAGGGAGAUCGUAAGAAUCGCCAGAGAUCUGUCGACCAAUUGCCAAAACUUCUACUCCUUAUUGGAACAACAAAGUCAGCCUACUUCUCGUACAGAAUUCAGAGCUGUUUUGAGCGAUUGCUGA